GGAGGCGGUCGAGAAAUUACUUCUCCGCCCUUGGUUUACACGCGUCUGGAUCGUCUAGGAGUUCGCGCUUGCUGGUGUGCCUCUCCUCACCUACGGGAAUGGACGCGCCGUCCUGCCUCACUGGUACUUUGGAUAGCUAGAGUUCAAUCUCCGGUGCCUGGGCCUAUACAACCAGUUCCUUGUGACUUUGAAACCCGACGAAAUCCGUGAAGCCCUCCAGACAUCUCUCUACUGUAUGAACAGACUCGGCGCAUUGCGUUCCUGCAGAGAAUCGGGAAAAUGGCCCACAAUGAUGAGUCUCCUGGGGCGUGGGAUCGGUCCGGCCGCAACAGACGCGCGUGACCACGUCUUCGGCUGCCUCGGAAUUACCGAAGACUACGAUGCGCCCGAGUUGCAGCCCGACUACACAAAGUCGGUUGAGGAUGUGUUUGCGGACUGUUGCAAAUACUCUGUGCAGGCUCUAAAGAAACUAGACUUCCUGUACGAGGCUGGAUGUUACCAGAAGAAUCACAGGUUACCCUCCUGGGCUCCAGACUGGACAGCUUGUCGGAUUACUGCCACUCUCGGGCGCAACGAUUCAGUUGAAAACAAACCAGCCUAUGACUCUACGCGGAACAUGCCACCCGUGGCCCAUUUUGAUUGGGACUGUGACUACAAAGCUCUCGUCGUCCGAGGCUCCACCCUUUCAAAGAUAGCGACGCUCGGAUCCAGUCUGUUUCGGGAUCCCCAGUCUGUGUAGCUUCCCGACAGUCCAGAGGCAUCCGAUUGGUAUAAACAAACCGUCAUGUUUGCGUCGGUGACACGACCGGGAGGCGUGGAGUCCCAUGCGGGGUCCCUAAUUGU